AUGGCGGAACCAAACAAGCCCGGUGUGGAGUUCCGCAGUGAGAUAUUGAGUCCGUCUGAGCUGUUCACUGCCCGGUCCAGGAGUCAUAAGAUUCCAGUGAGAGGACAGAAGGACUUCUUUCCGAAUGACUCGGAACAGCAAAGACAACGACUUCAGCAAAGCUUGGAUGAACACUGGGACCUCGUCUCAGAGGAAAGAGUGGAAAGACUAGGCAACCUAGUGAAGGCCUUAUGGAUUCCAAGUGACCAGACAGUGGAACUCCAGUCACCUGCUGGCAAAUUUUGGCAGACGAUGGGAUUUUCUGCUGAUGGAAAGCAGUAUCUCCGCCCUGAAGAAGCUCUCUAUUUAAUGGAGUGUGGAAACUUGCAGGUGUUUUACCGUGACCUACCGCUGUCCAUCCAGGAAGGGUAUGAGAGAUUUCUGUCCUCAAAGACCGUGACACUCAAGCAAUAUCAGGUGUUUGGACAUCUAAAGAGACUUGGCUAUGUGGUGAACAGAUUCGAUCCCAGUUCUGUGCCAUCUUCGUAUGAGAGACAGCUGAACCUGCCCGUGACACAUGACAGGACCGGGAAACAACUCAAGAGGAAACGCAGUCCAAGCCCCACACCACUGUCAAGGUACACAGAGGGAGAGGAGGCGUCUUCUUCCAGCCAAAUGGAGGAAAAACACAGCAAUACAGAUGAAAAAGAUAACAAGACUCCCGAUUGUGCUGAAGACCAAACAACAUCUGAGCCUUCACAGGCCCAGACUACACCACACACUGAAGACACCAGCUCAGCAGACGGAGGCCGAGGCCGGAGCUGGUGGAGAGAAGACCGUCAUCCGGAGCCGGGCCGUGGGCUAAACCAACCCCAGCAGCACGGCUCACGCUGGGACUUUGGCUUGAUAGCUUUUCCUGACCUUGGUUCCAGGGAAAGCGUUACCACACGCUUGGCCUCCCCUGAGCCAUCUCUGUUGCCCGGGGCAUUGACUGUGGGUGUCUGUGAAGUCACCCCCUGGAUGAAGAGGCUUAACCUGCGAGAGGUAAAGAUGUCCGCAUCUGAGCUGAGGAGAGAGCAGAGGAGGAUCAGGCACAGACGGGAUAUCAACAAAGACAAGGAGGUGAGGCGGUGUCAAAACUGGGUGGAGUAUCAUGAGCUGCAGGAGACGAGGCGGAGGAGGUGUGGCAAGAGACCAGCACACUUGUGGGAGGAGAAUGUUACUCCUUUACAUAACCCAAGGCAGUGUAUCUCCACUGGGGAGCUGCUGAAUAAAAUCAGUGUGGUGAAAUCUUCUCGUCUGUUAGACGGAGCAUCCAGUUUAAAAGGUUCAGAGGAGUGGAAGAUUUGUUUCAAUGUUUACCAACCUGACACAGUGGCUGAGUUCAAGAAGAGCAACCCAGGAAAGCCAUAUUCCCGCAUGUGUGUCUGCAGAGUGGGGAUAUCCCUGUCAGUUACGCCGUGGUGGACCAUGGAGACAUUUCCUUCUAUACCUUCAAAGACUUCCAGCUGCCCACUGAUGUGUUCCAGUGAGAGCCAGGCUCUUCUGCUCUCAAGACACUCAACUUCAGCCACCUGUGAACCAGCAUGGAAAAGGUCAUUACAGUCUGUACCAGGAGUAAUAAGACUUAUUCAGGGCCAUGGUUAUGCUCGUAAGAGGACAAGUGUAUUUGUAAGCUCCAUUUUCAAAGUAAGUGGUUUGCUUUCUUUCUAAUGCUUUUAUGACAGCAGAGUUGAUGUCUUUUCUAUUUUCAUUGUCUUUACCAAAGAAUAGAUACACGCCUCUUGUGACAACAGUCUGUAUAUCAAAAAGAAAAAACAAUGUGGGCAGUGUGUUGACCACUGUAUAUUAUGUGUAGUGUUCAAAAAUAAAUAAAUAAAAAAGC